AGGCGCCGGCCUGCGUGCGCGGCUGGAGGCGGCGGCCGGGGAUGCGGCGGCGCCCGGCCUGAGCCCGCGCCCGGCCAUGUCGGCCGCCAAGGAGAACCCGUGCAGGAAAUUCCAGGCCAACAUCUUCAACAAGAGCAAGUGUCAGAACUGCUUCAAGCCCCGCGAGUCGCAUCUGCUCAACGACGAGGACCUGACGCAGGCAAAACCCAUUUACGGCGGCUGGCUGCUCCUGGCUCCAGAUGGGACUGACUUUGACAACCCGGUGCAUCGGUCUCGGAAAUGGCAGCGCCGGUUCUUCAUCCUCUACGAGCACGGCCUCUUGCGCUACGCCCUGGACGAGAUGCCCACAACGCUCCCUCAGGGCACCAUCAACAUGAACCAGUGCUCGGACGUGGUGGACGGGGAGGCCCGGACCGGCCAGAAGUUCUCCCUGUGCAUUCUGACCCCCGAGAAGGACCACUUCAUCCGGGCAGAGACCAAGGAGAUCAUCAGCGGGUGGCUGGAGAUGCUUGCGGUCUACCCCAGGACCAACAAGCAGAACCAGAAGAAGAAGCGCAAGGUGGAGCCCCCGACGCCACAGGAGCCAGGCCCGGCCAAGGUGGCUGUCACCAGCAGCAGCAGCAGCAUCCCCAGUGCUGAGAAGGUCCCCCCUACCAAGUCUACACUCUGGCAGGAAGAAAUGCGGGCCAAGGACCAGUCAGAUGGGAGCAGCCUGAGUCCGGCCCAGAGUCCAAGCCAGAGCCAGCCUCCUGCCGCCAGCACCCUGCGGGAGCCAGGGCUGGAGAGCAGAGACGAGGAGAGCGCCACGAGCAGCGACCGCGUGGACGGUGGCCGCAAAGUCCGGGUGGAGAGCGGCUACUUCUCCCUGGAGAAGACCAAGCAGGACGUGAAGGCCGAGGAGCAGCAGCUGCCUCCGCCGCUCUCCCCUCCCAGCCCCAGCGCCCCCAGCACCAGGUACAGUGGCCCCGGACCGCCCUCCCCGGAGCCGGGUCGUCCCCUUCCUCCACCAGGUCCACAGCACCUGGGCCGAGGGGUCUGCAGCAGCUCCUCCCUGGACGCGGCCCGCCGGCCCCAGGCCCACGUGGACUCCGGCAGCACCGGCGGGCAGGGAGCAGAGAGACUGGGGCCCGCCUCCGCCUUCAAAGCCAGCAGGCAGUACGCCACCCUGGCCGACGUCCCCAAGGCCAUCAGGAUCAGCCACCGAGAAGCCUUCCAGGUGGAGAGAAGGCGGCUGGAGCGUAGGACACGGGCCCGGAGCCCGGGCAGGGAGGAGGUGGCCCGUCUGUUUGGCACCGAGCGGAGGAGGUCUCAGGUCAUUGAGAAGUUUGAGGCCUUGGACAUCGAGAAGGCAGAGCACAUGGAGACCAACGCGUCGGCCGGGCCCUCGCCAUCGAGCGACACGCGCCAGGGCCGCAGCGAGAAGAGGGCGUUUCCCAGGAAGCGGGACCUCCCCAGCGACGCGCCUCUCCCGGACACCUCGGCCUCCCCCCUGUCUCCACACCGAAGAGCCAAGUCACUGGACAGGAGGUCCACGGAGUCCUCCCUGACGCCCGACCUGCUGAAUUUCAAGAAAGGCUGGCUGACCAAGCAGUACGAGGAUGGCCAGUGGAAGAAGCACUGGUUUGUCCUUGCUGAUCAAAGCCUGAGGUUCUACAGGGACUCGGUGGCUGAGGAGGCCGCGGACCUGGACGGGGAAAUUGACUUGUCCACGUGUUGCGACGUCACAGAGUAUCCCGUGCAGAGAAACUACGGCUUUCAGAUCCACACCAAGGAGGGCGCCUUCACCCUGUCUGCCAUGACGUCUGGCAUCCGGCGGAACUGGAUCCAGACCAUCGUGAAGCACGUCCACCCGACCUCCGCCCCGGACGUGACGAGCUCGUUGCCACAGGAAAAGAAGCGCAGCAGCUCCCCCUUGGAGACCUGCCCGAGGCCGCGGGAGACGCAGGGCGGGGAGCCCAGGGAGCCAGACCCAGAGCACAAGAGGAGCCGGGCUCGGGAGCGCCGGCGGGAAGGCCGCUCCAAGACCUUCGACUGGGCCGAGUUCCGCCCCAUCCAGCAGGCCCUGGCCCAGGAGAGGGCUGGCGGCGCCCCGGGGCCCCCCGACGCCCACCCCGAGACAGAGCCCGGCGAGCUGGAGCGGGAGCGUGCGCGGCGGCGGGAGGAGCGCCGCAAGCGCGCCGAGGGGCUGGGCGCCGACGACGCAGCCCUGCGCAUGGAGGUCGACCGGGGCCCGGGCCCGCCGGUGACCACCGCGCUCCGGACACAGAAUGUGCACGUGGAGAUCGAGCAGCGCUGGCAUCAGGUGGAGACCACGCCCCUCCGGGAGGAGAAGCAGGUGCCCAUCGCCCCCCUGCACCUGUCCUCUGAGGACGGGGGUGACCGGCUCUCCACCCACGAGCUGACCUCUCUGCUGGAGAAGGAGUUGGAGCAGAGCCAGAAGGAGGCCUCGGACCUUCUGGAGCAGAACCGGCUGCUGCAGGACCAGCUGAGGGUGGCUCUGGGCCGGGAGCAGAGCGCCCGGGAGGGCUACGUGCUGCAGACUGAAGUGGCCACCUCCCCAUCCGGUGCCUGGCAGAGGCUCCACAGAGUCAACCAGGACCUGCACAGUGAGCUGGAGGCCCAGUGCCAGCGCCAGGAGCUCAUCACACAGCAGAUCCAGGCCCUGAAGCGAAGCUACGGGGAGGCCAAGGACGCGAUCCGGCACCACGAGGCCGAGAUCCGGAGCCUCCAGGCGAGGCUCAGCACCGCCGCCGCCGAGCUCGCCAUCAAGGAGCAGGCGCUGGCCAAGCUCAAGGGUGAGCUGAAGCUGGAGAGAGACAAGGUCCGCGAGCAGCUGGAGGAGCGGCAGCAGAGCGAGGCCGCGCUCAGCGCCCAGCUGCAGGCCAGCGAGCAGAAGCUCCAGAGCGCCGAGGCCCUGCUGCUGGGGAGGACGCAGGAGCUGCGGGACCUGGAGAGGCAGCAGGCACUGCAGCGGGACAGGCAGAAGGAGGUGCAGCGGCUGCAGGAGCGCAUCGCCGACCUCAGCCAGCAGCUCGGCGCCAGCGAGCAGGCCCAGAGGCUCAUGGAGGAGAAGUUGCAGCGCAACUACGAGCUGCUGCUGGGGAGCUGCGAGAGGGAGAAGCAGGAGCUGCUGCAGAGCCUGAAGGAGGCGGAGGACAGGGCCAGCGCCUUCGAGGACCGGCUCCAGGACCACGAGCAGCAGCUGGAGGUCCUCCAGAGGGAGAAGCUGAGCGCCAAGUCCGAGGGCAGCGAGGCCGUGCACCGGCUGGAGGAGCAGCUGGAGAUGAAGGAGGCCAGCAUCCAGAAGCUGGCGGAGCACGUGCAGAGCCUCCGGGAGGAGCGGGACCUGGUCCGGCAGCGCUUCCAGGAGCUGCUGGGCCGCAUGGCCCUGUCCGACGGGGAUGUGGCCGCGCUGCAGGAGCAGCUGAGGGGGCGGGAGGCCGACUAUCGGAGCCUGGAGCACUCCUACAGGAGCGUGGCCGGCCAGCUCCAGGGCGCGCACACGCGGCUGCAGGAGAAGGAGGAGGAGCUGCGGCGCAUCCGGGACGCACACGAGCAGGCCCUGGAGAGGAAGGGGCAGGACCUCAGGCAGGCGCUGGUGAACACGGUGGCCCUGGGGAGCGGCUUCGAGGACGCGGACGCGAAGCUCCGGCCCAAAGACGAGGCUUUCAGGGAGCCCGACGAGGACUCGGAGGAGCCGCAGGGCCCUGUGGAAGGAGCAGAGGCGGCCAGCGGCAGGCGCGCCAAGCGGGAGGACGAGGCCCCAGGGGAGGAGCUCGGGGACCUCGGCCCCAGGGGGGAAGAGAGCGCUGCGGCCCCGCGGCCAGACGGCUCUGACGGGGAGGGGCACCCGCCGAGCCCCUCGAAACCCGACCUGGGAGCGCCGGGUGUGAAAAGGCAAAGAAUCCGCUUCUCCACGAUCCAGUGCCAGAAAUACAGCCACCCUGACGGGUCCGAGAGGACCUGGACCAGCAGCACGUCUUCUGACACCAGUCCGGACCGGUCGCCCUCGGAGGAAAGCGUGUCACCAGAGGCCCCCCCCGGCUCCCUCCCCGCCACCAGCGACGCCGACGCCUACCUGGCCAUCAUCCACUCGCUGGAGACCAAGCUCUAUGUCACCGAGGAGAAGCUCAAAGACGUGACGGUGAAGCUGGAGAGCCAGCAGGGCCAGAGCCAGGAGGCCCUGCUCGCGCUGCACCAGCAGUGGGCCGGCACCGAGGCGCGGCUCCGCGACCAGCUCCGCGCCAGCCUGCGCCAGGUCGCGGCGCUGGCCUCCCAGCUGGAGCAGGAGAGACAGGCCCGGGCAGAGGUCGUCCAGAAGCACGUCGGGGAGCUUGGUAACUUCCAGGUGAAAAACAGUCAGGCCCUGGCUUGCUUAGAAAGCUGCCGGGAACAGCUGCGGUCCCUGCCGGGGGCCGGCCCAGAAGACGCACGGGAGGCCCAGGCGGGGCCCCUGGCCAGCGUGGAGAGCUUGCUCGUCGGCGCCAUCCAGGCCCUGCGUCACCAGCCAGCUCCUGCAGACGGUGGGGCCCAGGCUCAGCCAGGGGAAGGGGGUUUCUCGGAGGAAGGGAAGGUGACUUGGCGGCAGCCCGCGCACCUGCCUGAAGCGACGGAGCAGGAGCAGCUCAGGCUCCUGUCUGAUCAGAUAGCUCUGGAGGCCGCACUGAUAAAUCAAAUAUCAGAUGCCCUGAAAAACACCACAUCAGAUAUCUCGCACAUCCUCUCUGAGGUUUCUCCGUCAGCGAGGUUGCCCCUGGAGUCUGGAAGUGCCGAGGUCUGUCCCGGGGCCCCAGCAGACGCCUGGGCUAAGAAGGUGCUGGUGGAUGGAGAAUUCUGGAACCAGGUCGAGUCCCUGAGCAAGCACCUGGAGACACAGGGCGGAGAGGCAGCCGGCGCCGCGCCGGCCCAGGUCCCCGCCCGGGCCGACGCCGCGUGGGUCAGGGCAGAGCUCAGCUUGGCCGCACCCGCGGUGAGGGAGACGCUGCACCGCAGGCUGCAGGGCAUCCAGGAGACUCUCCAGGGGACGCAGUUGGCUCUGCAGCAGCACAAGCGCGUGCUGGGGGAGAUCCUGGGAGCGCACCAAACCCCCGACUUCGACAGAGGGAUGCAGCGGGUCCCAGAAGCCCUCGGUGUACAGGCGCCUUGGGCCGGGAGCCCGUCAGGAGAGCUCCCGGGUCAUCAGGACCGCGCUGGCUCCCAGCAGCCCCCUCCCUGGUGCCGCCAGAGCUCCGGGGCCUUCGUUGCUAUUCAGGAGGAACUCGCCCUGCAGCUUAAAGAUAAGGCCGGCCUCUUAGGGGAGAUCUCGGUCGCUCUGGCCUCACUUCCCUCCGGGGGGUCGGAGGGGGACUGCCGGGAGCUCCUCCAGGCGCCCCGGACCCGCUCCUGCAGUGCUCGGCUGGGGGGCCUCGGGCGGUUCUCCUCCUCCCUGGUCAAGGGGGCCAUCGCUCAGGCUCAGCUGUGCUACGCCGCCUGCCGGGUUCGGCUGGAGUACGAAAAGGAGCGCCAGGGCCUCCAGGGGGCCCGGCCAGGCAGCGGGGGCCCCUGCCAGGAGCACGAGCAAGCCGUCAGGGCCCUGAGGGCAGAGUACGAGGAGCUUCUCCGCCAGCAGAAGAGCGAGUAUCUGCAAGUGAUUGCCAUCGUCGAGAGGGAAAACGCAGAGCUCAAGGCCAGGGUCGCCCAGCUGGGCCAGGAGCGGCGGCGCCUGGAAGAGGCGGAGAGCGAGCCUGGCGCGCGUCUGUCUGCCCCGCAAGGGCGGCACGAGGAGGGGGUCAGGAGCGUGGCAGAGCAGCCGAGCAGAGUGGAGGGCAUGCCGCAGGCUGAGCCCGGCACGGUCCUGGGCCAGUCAGGUGCCCCGGUCAGGGGUGGGCAGGGCCUGGAGCGGCCCCCCGUGGAGCAGGUGCAGACCCUGGAGGGCAGGUUCCAGCUCAAGAUCAGGGAGCUGCAGACGGUUCACGAGGAGGAGCUCCGGACCCUGCAGGAGCACUACGCGCAGACCCUGCGCUGCCUGCAGGAGACCCUGCACCACUGCCAGGGGCGGGCGGCCACCGGGGAGGCCGAGUCUGUGACGGGGCUGAGAGAGCGCAUCCAGGAGCUGGAGGCCCAGCUGGACGCCACGCGGGAGGAGCUGGAGCACAGGGGCCCUGCCGGCAGUGCGGUCACGCUGCAGGAGGAGCGCCAGAGGGACUUUGAGAGCCUCAAGGCCACGUGUGAGCGCGGGUUUGCCGCCAUGGAAGAGACACAUCAGAAGAAGAUCGAGGACCUUCAGAGGCAGCACCAGCGGGAACUGGAGAAGCUGCGGGAGGAGAAAGACCGCCUGCUGGCAGAGGAGACCGCGGCCACCAUCUCAGCCAUCGAAGCCAUGAAGAACGCGCACCGCGAGGAGAUGGAGCGGGAGCUGGAGAAGAGCCAGCGCUCCCAGAUCAGCAGCGUCAACGCCGACAUCGAGGCCCUGCGGCGGCAGUACCUGGAGGAGCUGCAGUCGGUGCAGCGGGAGCUGGAGGUGCUGUCUGAGCAGUACUCGCAGAAGUGCCUGGAGAACGCCCACCUGGCCCAGGCGCUGGAGGCUGAGCGGCAGGCCCUGCGGCAGUGCCAGCGCGAGAACCAGGAGCUCAACGCCCACAACCAGGAGCUGAACAACCGCCUGGCUGCAGAGAUCUCACGGCUGCGGACACUGCUGACUGGGGACACCAGUGGCGAGGCUGCCGGCUCGCCUCUCGCGCAGGGCAAGGACGCCUACGAGCUAGAGGUGUUGUUGCGGGUGAAGGAAUCAGAAAUUCAGUACCUAAAGCAGGAGAUCAGCUCUCUCAAGGACGAGCUGCAGACGGCAUUGCGGGACAAGAAGUACGCCAGUGACAAGUACAAAGACAUCUACACGGAGCUGAGCAUCGUGAGGGCGAAGGCUGACUGCGACAUCGGCAGGUUGAAGGAGCAGCUGAAGGCCGCGACGGAAGCGCUGGGUGAGAAGCCCCCGGAAGACGCGCCCGUGGCCGGAUACGACAUAAUGAAAUCUAAAAGCAACCCCGACUUCUUGAAGAAAGACCGAUCCUGUGUCAGCCGACAAAUCAGAAGCAUCCGGUCCAAGUCCGUAAUUGAGCAGGUCUCAUGGGAAAACUGAAGCGACCCGCUUCCAGGUCCCCUGUCGUGUAGAGUCUGAAGGAAGGCCUGACGGUGCACGACCGCCUGAAGCUCUUUGAGUCCAGGGACUUGGAGCAAGACUAGCUGCCCCGUUCACCUCGGACGCACACCCUCCCCAGCCCCGGCGGCUCGCCCAGCGCGGCUUCGUGUCUGUACCUUCGUCGUCACUGUCGUCGUCGUCGUCCUGGUGAACUGUGGGUAUGGAUGCGCCAGAGCCCGGCCUGAGGGCCGCUCCCCCGCCCCCGCCGUCUGCCCCGAAGCAGCUCUUCCCCGCGGCUCCCUCCGUCGCCGCCGCACUCCCGCCAGUAUUAAGGCCCAGCAGCCUGUCCAUAAGCUAGCUCUGUCUCGCCGCGUGCGCUGCGGGGCCGGGCCCACGCGGGUCACUGGGAGAGGACAAGCACGGGGACGUGUGGCGGCGGGUCCCAGGGCCGACAGGGCACGACGUGGCGGGGCGCAGGGGAGUCCGGCCCCGGGGUGGCUGGUGACCCCCGCGUCCCACCUCUCGGCCUGGGAGAAGGACAGCGUUUGACACCUGUUCCACUAAUGCAGCUUCGAACCACCCCCCCCCCCACCCCCUGGACAGCCGUGGUAGACCUUCCACAACCUGGAAAAUGUGGAGAGCAGCCAUUCCUAUUUUUGUUUUUUAUUAAAUCUUGCACAAAACUCGGCCCCGCUCGUUCCUUCCUCCGCUCACCUCCUCGGUUAUGAGGAAGCCUGGUCUUUUCACACCAGAGCAACAGCUGACCCGCAGCCUGGGGUCUCGGCCUGCGACCGCAGACCAGGACGGACGCUCGCAGAGACUCACGGGAGGAAAGAGACCGUCUGUCUCUUCGAACUUCCUGAAAAGCCGCCUCCAGCCGCCUCAGAGAAGGUUGACGGGAGCCCUGCGUUGAGUCGGGAAGGUACGAGGAUGUCGGAACCAGAUGAGAACCGGCCCCUGGGACGUGUUCUUCCCCUGAGGGGCCCGUCGGAGCCGAGGCCCCUGCAGCAGCAGCCUUGCCUUCCUGGCGGUCUGAGUCGCCUGCCACCACGCUGCAGCACUUGCUGAAAUCCUGACCACAGCCCCACGAAAAUGAGUUCUGCUUGGACCCGGAGCACGAGCAACCCUGCUGUGAAGGUGGGGGCCACCUUGGCAGUGAGGUGGCGGCGGUGUGGCAGAAGGUGUGGGGGGCGUCAGUCUGGUCUUGCUGCCUCUCUUCUCCACCAGUCCUGCCCACAGCAUCUUCCCCUCCAGAUGAAUGCCAGAGCCGGCCCUGCAGCACCUGGGCACGCGGCUUCCGCGGGGUGAAAACGGAGGCACCGUCUUGCUCUGAUUCUAGAUCAGGGUCACACACCGGGUCACCUGGGGAAAGCGCUGGUGCGGGAAGAGGCCCCGGGGUGCGACCGCUUCUCUGCACAAGCAGAGCUCUCGCUGGCACCCAGCCUUCCCUGUUCAUGAGCCAUGCUGGUCCCUCGUGGCUGCUGCUUAUCCUUCUGUGGCUGUGAAAGCACGGGAACAUUAGCUUUUUUUAAUUCUGCUCUGCAGAUGCCCCAGCCACACAGGCUGGCGUCGCCUCUAGUAAGGACGGGACAUCUGGUGUCGAGCUCAGAGGGGCGUGUGCUCCCAGAACAGGGGUGUCGUCCGGGGCAGGGGCAGGCGGGGUGCCGUGACUUCCCGGGCCGCCUGUGCAGGCCCUUCUCCAGGCAGCCCCGCCGCUGGACUGGGCCGCCAGUGUGGGAGCGGGGGGGGGCCUUUGGAGAAGAUCAGGCGCGCAUCUUAGUCACUUGUCUGCAGUGGGUACCCCUGGCUGUGAGGCUUCAGGCACCCUCACCCCUCCUGCGACAGACGGUCAGGUCUAGGGCGCAGAAACGGGCUGCGGGGGGCACGCAGCCGGCACUGCCACAGCCUCUGUGCCAGAGACCCAAGUCCGCCUGCAGCUGGGGACAGGUCUGCGCUCCGGGCUGGCAAGUGCCGUUCCCCCAGGGGAGCAGGCGGGCAGGAGAGCACAGCACGGUCAGCAUCUCAGCGCCCCAGCCCCUGGGGAGGGGUUUUGCCACUGGAAGAAAGGAUGCACGCGCAGAGGCCGAGCGGUGUGUUUCUCCUUUUUGCCUUCGUGGGCAUGGUUUGGUGCCUGUGUUGGCAGAGACAGGGCCAUGGGGGGGGGUGGGGGCUGUGGGACACUUUGAGCUCAGGGUGCUCCGUGGCACAAACCACGUGGUGGGAGGGUCACCACGUCCCCUGGAAGGAAGACGUUCAUACGGGUCAGUGCCGCCUCGUGUGGCUCCGCUCGCCGCCGCAGUGGACCCUGGCGAGCAUCCCGCGGGCAGCACGCGACCGUCUCGGGUCGGCCGGCGGUUUGGGUGGACACCUGCUCGGUGACCGUGCAAGACGCCGGCCUGGCUGCCCCACUGCUUGCAAAGGCCCCCUGGGCCCCAGCGGGUUUGAAAGCCACUGUUCCCAACUGCCGUGCUGGCUGCGGGGCAGCCGUGUGAGGCCCCAGACGGCAUCUGGCCGUCGGAGGUUGAUGCUUGUGGUCUAAGGUUUCGGACUGCGUGGGACUCUGGGAGGAAGCCAUGGCCAUGCUGGGGUGACUGGUGGAGGCCAUGCUGGGAAAGUGGGGGCCUGAGAAGAGCUGAGCCCACGUCACACGGAUCCAGCAGCUGGGAGGUGGGCACCGAGGGGAGGCAGGCCCGCCCCGGCCAGCGGAGCGGAGCCUGGCCUUGGCGGUGUCCAGACCCAGGCGCUGGCUCGCGGGCCCCUUCGCUCGGCUCCAAGGCCACCUGGGGCCAGACUCGGGAAGAGCGGGGCCUGUGGGAUUGAGAAGCCGCGCUGCGAUCCUGUCUGCCUGGCGGAAUUCGGACGGGCGAGGCCCCGGCGCAGAGCGGACGGCCUGAAGGUUUCCACCGAGCUCCGCUGAACGCCGCCUACCCGCUGCCUGGCGGGGCCUGAGGGCCUCGCGCCUUCCCGCCUUGUGCAGCGUGGCCCUGGUCCCCCGCCGCCGCCGCCGCCACCGCCGCCCCGAGCGAGGCCUCCGCUGUAAAGCCCUGCCUCUUCCAGGAGCUCAGAGCUCUUCCUACUCAGAGUGACGAGAAGGGCGCCCAUCAACAGUCACCGUCCCGAAAACGAGUCUGCUCGCCACCGUCCUGAGGAGGCUGGGCAUUUAACGCUUUCCUUUAGAGACACAACCACAGAAACGAAACCCUGAUCGCGGGCCGCCAUCGUCACAGAGGACGAGGAACCCCAAGUCCUGCCGAGGGGUCGCAGAGGACGAGGCCGCGGAGCAGCCGGAGGAGUCCACACGCGAAGAAAAGGCUUGUCCGCACGUCACCUGGACGCUUCCCUUCUCUGCCAGCUCCAGCGACUCUGAGUGUGUCCCACCCCGAGCUCGGGCCAGCUGAGCCCUGGUGUGGAGGCGCAACAGCAACUGGCUUUGGACACGAUCUCAGCUCCCAGCUGUCGCCCUCGCGUCCCCGCCCCCUGGGCCGAGUCGGAGACGGUGCCCGGCGCGGCGGCCUCCAGCCUCAGCAAGGAGCGCGGCCGAGGACUCGCCGACCCCCGAGCCUCCAGAGGCGGGCACCUGCACACCCUUUUUCCGCCUUUCGUCCCAGGGCCCCGACGCCGUCCCUCCGGGGGCUCUCCCUUCGAGCCGCCGAGAGGCUGGAGCCCAGGCUUCCGCUCUGGAGGCGGGAAAGGCCUUGGGACUCGCCGGAGGUCCGCCCAAGGUCACGUCCUUCACCGCUCCCGGCACCUAGGGCCGGACCCCUGGGGACCCCUGGGGCCCGGAGGGGAGUGGGGGUCUGGGCAGGGGCGGGACGAGGCCGCGUGGGGCCGAGGACCCAGUUCCGUCUGCUGGGAGCCCAGCUGCCUCCCUCCGCCCUGCGGCCGCCCCGGGAAGGGGAAGGCGCUGCCAGGAGCCGCGUCAAGGGCACUCCCGAGUUAGGGUGCGGGCUUUUGUGGCACGUGAGUGCCGGUUUGCCCCUCACGCCCCGUGGCUUUGGAAGCUGGGACGACAGCCUCAGGCACCACAGUGGAUGGUUCCGAGGACAGGGGCCCCUGGUCCGCCCCGACGGCCUCUGUCACACCUGCCCCUCGUCCUCAGCAGGGGCUUGAGAACGGGGGUCGUGGGGGUCUUGCUCUAACCCGGAGCCCCCUCAGCAGACGGCGGCCACCUGCGGGGGCCGCGCGCAGAGCCGCAGGGCCCGGGGGCUGCCCCGGGGGACCGCGCUUCCCCCACGCCCGGAGCUGUGGCCCCCGCAGCCCGGCCGCCUGUGCCGCCACCGCCGCCGCCGCGCCGCCUUCCUCUCCCGGCAGAGCGGCUCGGGCCGCGCGCUGCAGGGGUUCCGGGGCGCGGGGCGCAGAGACCUCGGCGCGCCGCCUGCGGAUGUGCACGCCCCGAGCGCCAGGAACGCGGCCUCGGCUUUCCCUUCGCGCAGCAGCCGCCGACCUCCCGCCGCGCGGCGAGGACCCAAAGCCAGGCGAGCAGCGAGCGGCAUCCUGGAGGUUCCCCGAGGCCCGCCCACGGACUGGAGAAGCCUCGGAGGCCGCCGCAGCCGCGCGAGCGCUUCCGCCAGGCGGCGGUCCCCGCUCAGCAUCCACGCGAGCUGCCGGGGAGCGGGCGCAGGACGCAGGAACGGCGGCCACGGGGCCCAGGUUCCCGGUCGGCCUGGGACGAGCUCACAGCCGUCACCCCCAGCACAGCGCGGUGCUCGGCCGUCGGGCGCUUCCGUUCCAAGGACGAGCUCGGGUCACCCCCGGGUGUGCACCCUCUGCCCGCACACCCAGCCUGCCGACUGCGGUCCCGCGCAGGGGCCUCGGCCUCCAGCCUCGCGGCUCCCGGGGCUCGCGGGCCGCCGGGGCCGGGCGCAGGGGCCUCUGCGGGAGGAGCUGCUCGCGGGCCCUUCGUGACUCGGCUGGGGCUCCGAGGACGCAGAUCAGCUGUUCACUGCACCCGAAGGGCUACCCCGCCAAGCUGUUUAUUCCCGUGUGACGUGCUGGAGUCCCAUGGGUGUCGCCGAUUUCUACUCUGUAAAUACGACCUAACUUUACAAAAACGAUGUCAUAAUAAACUAUUUUUGCAUCACC